GUGAUAUUGGGAUGAAUUGUGGUUUUGUCAGCAAACGCAAGAAAAUAUACAUUUGUUUACUUUGAACGUCUUUUAUGUCGUAUAUUUAAAUAUUGUUAAAAGCGGGAUACCUUAUCAUUUGUUGGAUUUACCUGUUGUUAAAUAAUCAUGGAUAGUGCACCUUGCGUAUUUUUAGGCAUCAAAGUAAAGCCGGGGCCUAUUGAACGGUUUAAAUUAGAAAACUUCGGCCUCGAUAACACUGUAGAGAACCUAAAAAUUGAGGCCGAAAAGAAGUCUAACGUGCCGUCUGCAUCUUUGGAAUUAAUUCACCAUGGGAAAAUUCUCAAACCCGAGGCCACAUUGCAAGACUGUGGGGUAAAGAGUGGUGAAAUGGUGCAUGUUGUCAAAAAGAAAGUCCCGGCAGCGGCUCCUCCGCCCCCCACUUACUCGGAUGCCGAGUUGCAACAGAUAGCUAACUCGCUGAGAACUCUAGGAUGCACUCCCAAUGCUCCCGGGUGGACUAGGGCUAUGCAGCUUUUAAACGACGAAUCAGCCAUGAACGAAAUCCUCGAACACGCCCCAUCACUCAGAGAGGAUUGCGUCACACUGUCAAUGCUACAUGAAGUGGAACUGCUGGCUGCGUUAGGCGCCAAUGUAAGCACGAUGAGGCGAGCCGCCAACGCACACCCGGACUUGCCAGCGGCCCUAAGGCAUCUUACUAGGCUGGUGCACACCAGAGCCAAUACUUCUACGUCGAAUGACAAUGUACCAACAUCUGGUUUCGCGUAUUCCCUUGAAGCAUUGUCUGAAGACGAAGAUGCUGAUGAAGAAGAAAACGAGGAAGGGGAACGGAAUACCAUUACUCAAGAGCAGUUCGCUGCUGCCUUGCAGGCCGCAACCGAGGCAGUUUCGGCGUCCUCGAGCCGCGGCGGCGGCGGCGGGCAGGACUCCCUUCUGCGUCUGUUGCAGGCCGCCGGUGCUGGAUCCGGCGGCACUGAUAGCAACGAAGAGACGCCCGCUACCGGUUCAGCUACAGGCACCGGUCGCGCUGUGAUCACUCCGGAAAUGUUCAGCGAUGCCAUCUCGGAGGUGUUCAACCGGACUGGAACAGGCAACAGAUCCUCUGGCACGCCUAUGGAGCAAAGCACUGCGGCAUCCUCUUCUGCGAGUCCCGUGGGCGAGGAUUUCUCGUCGCAGCUGACGCGGAUGCACGAGAUGGGAUUACUGGAUGACGCACUAAACGUUCGUGCGCUACUCAUCUGCUCGGGCGAUGUCAACGCUGCUAUCAACUUGGUGUUUAGUGGCGCUAUUGCAGACGAAUAGGUCUUUUGGUCUUACAUAACCCGAUACUAGAUUAUACACAGAUAUA